GUAAUUUAGCCAAUUUGCCACCCAAUUUAAAAAAUGAAAAAGAUUUAGAAUCAGAAUUGCAUAUGGUUGACUAUUACAUUCUCCAUAAAUUAGGAAAAUUAACUAGCGAAAGUCAAAAAAAUUAUGGUGAAUACAAUUUUAACCCUAUUUAUACCUCUUUAUUAAAUUUCUGUAUCAAUGAUUUAAGUUCUUUCUAUUUUGAAAUUAGCAAAGAUAGUUUAUAUUGCGAUAGUCUUUCUUCUCUGCGGCGACAACAAAUUACUACUACUCUUUAUUAUCUUCUACAAGGGCUACUAAAAAUUAUUUCUCCAAUUUUGCCUUUUCUUGCUGAAGAAGUUUACCAAAAUAUCCCUUUUCGUUUUGGUUUUGCUGGUCAAGAAAGCAUCCAUUUAGCGAAUUAUUCGUCAACUUUGUCUCUUUCGCCCUCUAUGGAAAAAGAAACAGCAAUAAUUACCAACUUCUUUUUACCUUUGCGCCAAGAUGUCUACCAAGCCCUCGAAAAAGCCCGCCAAGAAAAAAUUAUCAAUACCAAUUCACAGGCUCAUUUAAUAAUUUUUUUAAAAGAAAAAAAACGGACUAGAUUAUUCCUGACUCAAUUUAGAGGAUUUAUUAUUAGUAGCCAAAGUUGA